CGGCAUGGAUGGAUGGAUGGAUGGAUAGGAUAGCAGCAGAUAACAGCUUCCUUCUUCCUGCAUCAACCAAUUCCAUCUGUCCAUCGAUUAUAUACGUACGUAUCUUGCUGCUUGGUCGCAGACCAGACAGAAUAGCUUGCUUGCUUGCUUGUACGGAUGGAGGAGGAGCUGCAGGUAAUGGCCAAGAAGACGUCGCAGCGGUUCGGGCGGGUGUGCGUGUUCUGCGGCAGCAGCCCCGGGAAGAAGACGACCUACCAGCUCGCCGCCGUCCAGCUCGGACACCAGCUGGUGGAACGCGGGAUCGACCUGGUGUACGGCGGCGGCAGCUUGGGGCUCAUGGGCCUCAUCUCCCGCGCCGUCCACAACGGCGGCGGCCACGUCCUCGGGGUGGUGCCCAAGGCGGUGCUUCCUCGGGAGGUGAUCGGGGAGACGCUGGGGGAGGUGAAGGUGGUGUCGGGGAUGCACCAGCGCAAGGCCGAGAUGGCACGCCACGCCGACGCAUUCAUCGCGCUCCCGGGUGGAUAUGGGACGCUGGAGGAGCUCCUUGAGGUCAUCACCUGGGCCCAGCUCGGCAUCCACAACAAGCCGGUGGGUUUGUUGAACGUGGACGGCUACUACGACUCGCUGCUGUCCUUCGUCGACAAGGCCGUGGAGGAAGGAUUCGUCACCCCCGCCGCCCGGCACAUCAUCGUCUCCGCGCACACUGCCCACCAACUCCUCACCAAGCUCGAGGAGUACGUGCCGGUGGCUGACGAGUCGUCGGCGAAGCUGAGCUGGGAAAUGGAGCAGAUCGACGGAAUUUACUACUCCCGCCCUACGUCAGACAUCUUACGCUAGCAAAAGCAAAUAGCAAAAGCAUCCCUGCCUGCACGUCCAUGUCCAUCCAUGCAUUGCUGGUGGGGAUAGAGAUGAGACAAGGAAGGAACAUGCAUGCAUGCCUCACUGCUACCUGAUUAAUUCCCUCCAUUUCUUUCCCGUAUUAAUUAAUUAAUUAAUUUUGCCUUGUA